UGGAAACAGUUUUGUAUUUUCAAUUAAUUAUGUAUAGGAUUAGAAUUGUAGAAAAUCGUCACGUUUGUGUUUUCAAUUGACCUCUUGACAUUGUGGUGGAACAGGUGCUAUGUGAAUUGACAUUAUAAUUGUCAGUGGGUAAAGUAAAUGUCAAAUAAAUCUGGUUCUCCAAAUAAAUUCUAAUUUGUAAUUUUCUUUCCUGAUUGCAGCCUUUUGUGAUUCAUGACAUGGAAACUCUUUGGCAGGCUGAGAAAAACCUAGUUUGGAAACAAUCAGUAAAUGGAAUUCCAAACAAAGAGAUUGCAGUUCAUGUCUUCCAUCGUUGCCAGUGCACAACUGUUGAAACAGUGCGAGAGCUCACUGAGUUUGCCAAGUGCAUCCCUGAAUUCUUAAAGCUAUACCUGAAUGACCAGGUGACAUUAUUAAAAUAUGGUGUACAUGAAGCCAUUUUUGCCAUGUUGGCAUCAAUAAUGAAUAAGGAUGGUCUUCUUGUGGCUAAUGGAAAUGGAUUUGUAACUCGUGAAUUCCUGAGGAGUCUACGCAAACCGUUUAGUGAAAUUAUGGAACCCAAGUUUGAGUUUGCAGUGAAAUUCAAUGCUUUGGAACUGGAUGAUAGUGAUUUGGCUCUUUUUGUGGCUGCCAUUAUUUUAUGUGGAGGUAAGGAACUAAACUUUUAUCAAUGGAAACACUAACUCUUUUUACUACAGAGAAUCAUGGGAUAGUAUGGUGCAGAAAGAGCAAUACAGAUAUUGCCACAACCCCACACUUAC